AAUUCGGACAAGUUGUUUAUAUUUUGGUUUCCAGAAACAAUCUUUUUUCUGAGAACGGACGUAUUCCACAAUGUUGAGAAUAUGUCGAACAUGUGGCCAAAGUCUACUCGAUCACGAUAACUACGAAAGUUUAGAAAAAUUCGUUGAUAUGUACUAUAAUCUCACGACAAUACAGCUUCGCGAACGAGAGGAUCUAAAUAGCUUAAAAGUAUGCACUCAAUGUGCCACCAAGUUGCAAGAAUUUGAUUGCUUCAGAAAAGUUUGUUUGGAGAUUUACUGGCGAUUUCAUGAUGUGAAAUGUGAGCCUCCGGAUAACGAAAAUGCUUUUGAAGAGUUGGAAUUCGAAGCAGAAGACUUAGACAAUACCGAUAAAGUUGAAGGAAUCUUUGAGGAAGACGGCGAUAAUGAUGAUGAAGAUGACAAGCCUCUCGUUAUGCUGCGUAGAGUAGUAAUAGCAGAAUCUUUGUCUAUCCCUCCAAAUAAAAGUAUGAAAUUUGAAGAAGCUGAGUCAAUUUCAUUGAAGUCCAAAAGAAAACGUGCGAAAUUACACAGUUUGAAGAACAUUAUAGAACCAAGAGAACCAACGCAAAUCUACAGGUGUGAUCGAUGUCCUCGUAAGUUUAGGGUAUUGUUGCGGCUGAAUGCCCAUAAAAGGACUCACGAUGGACUGAAACCAUUCGAAUGUAAGCUUUGUGGAAAAGAUUUUGCUAAAUGGAACAAUCUGAAGUCACAUCACAUUCAAAAGCAUACCGACAACAAAAUUGCGAUACCCUGUGAGCAUCAGGGUUGUGGACAAACAUUCGCCACAAGACAGGGUCUUAAGCGUCAUCGUUUGCGAGCUCAUGAUCCAAAUUAUGUGAUGCCGGACCCGAAGCAGUUCGUUUGUGACAGUUGUGGGAAAACCUUCUCGACCAAUGGAGCACUGAAAAAGCACCAGUAUGUGCACACUCCAAAUGAGAUGCCAUUCGUUUGCGGACUGUGCGGUAAGAAGUUUCCUACCUCGCACAAGCUAAAAGAACAUACUAUGCGACACGAGGGCAUAAAGAAUCACACUUGCCCAUUUUGUGGAUUGCGAAAGACGACAAUGCAUGAGUUGAGAAGUCAUAUUGGAAAUGUGCACUCAAGAGCUCGGUCGUAUCCUUGCGACAUUUGCUCGUCCGUUUUCACUAACAUUGGUAAUCUUAAUCGACAUGUGAAAAUUGUCCAUCUGGGUCUGAAGCCCUACAGCUGUUCCAUAUGCAACAGAUCAUUUGGCAAAAGCGAUCAUCUGAGGCGACACAUGAAAAGUCAUAAAUAUUCAUCAGCUGGAUCAUGUACAGUGCAGUCUGACGCUGUGGAAGUAUUAGUCGAGCUUGAGCCGACCGCAGGAGAGAUCAACUAGAAUU